AAGGUCCCGUUAACUGAACAUCCUCCUUUCCCUUCGCAUACCGGCAAGGACAAGAUCACCUCGCCGCUGUCCAUUCCCACCCAACACCCUAAGUUACCAUCAAUCCGGAAACAUGUCUAAGGGACCAGCAGUAGGUAUUGACCUUGGGACCACCUACUCCUGUGUUGGGGUGUUCCAGCAUGGCAAAGUUGAAAUCAUUGCCAACGACCAGGGCAACAGGACCACACCCAGCUAUGUGGCCUUCACAGACAGUGAGAGGCUGAUUGGAGAUGCAGCCAAGAAUCAGGUUGCCAUGAACCCCACCAACACAGUCUUUGAUGCCAAGCGACUAAUUGGCCGUAGGUUUGACGACACAGUUGUGCAGUCUGACAUGAAGCACUGGCCAUUUAAUGUCGUCAAUGACAGCACUCGUCCCAAGGUCCAAGUUGAGUACAAGGGUGAAACAAAGUGCUUCUACCCAGAGGAGAUCUCGUCUAUGGUGCUGACAAAGAUGAAGGAGAUUGCUGAAGCCUACCUCGGAAAAACUGUCAACAAUGCUGUAAUUACUGUGCCAGCCUACUUCAAUGACUCUCAGCGCCAGGCUACUAAGGAUGCUGGCACAAUCUCUGGCCUCAAUGUUCUGCGUAUCAUCAAUGAACCAACUGCAGCAGCCAUUGCCUAUGGACUGGACAAAAAGAAUUCAUUUCAGGUUGGGGCUGAAAGGAACGUUCUCAUCUUUGAUCUUGGUGGUGGCACCUUUGAUGUUUCCAUCUUGACCAUUGAGGAUGGUAUCUUUGAGGUCAAAUCCACUGCUGGAGACACACAUCUUGGUGGAGAAGAUUUCGACAACCGCAUGGUCAACCACUUCAUUGCAGAGUUCAAGCGCAAGUACAAAAAGGACAUCAGUGACAACAAGAGGGCUGUUCGUCGUCUGCGCACCGCUUGCGAGAGGGCAAAGCGCACCCUGUCUUCCAGUACCCAGGCCAGCAUUGAAAUUGACUCUUUGUAUGAGGGAGUCGACUUCUACACCUCAAUCACCAGGGCUCGCUUUGAGGAGCUCAACGCUGAUCUCUUCCGUGGUACCUUGGACCCCGUGGAGAAAUCUCUCCGUGAUGCCAAGAUGGAUAAAGGGCAGAUUCAUGACAUUGUGUUGGUCGGUGGCUCCACCCGUAUCCCCAAGAUUCAGAAGCUCCUCCAGGAUUUCUUCAAUGGAAAGGAGCUGAACAAGAGCAUCAAUCCAGAUGAGGCUGUGGCCUAUGGAGCAGCUGUCCAGGCUGCCAUCCUGUCUGGUGAUAAGUCUGAGAAUGUGCAGGACCUGCUGCUCCUUGACGUCACCCCUCUGUCUCUGGGAAUUGAAACCGCUGGCGGUGUCAUGACAGUCCUGAUCAAACGUAACACCACCAUUCCUACCAAGCAGACCCAGACCUUCACCACCUACUCAGACAACCAGCCUGGUGUGCUCAUCCAGGUGUACGAGGGUGAGCGGGCCAUGACCAGGGACAACAACCUGCUGGGCAAGUUUGAGCUGACGGGUAUCCCUCCUGCUCCUCGUGGUGUUCCCCAGAUUGAGGUGACAUUUGAUAUUGAUGCCAACGGUAUCAUGAAUGUGUCUGCUGUCGACAAGAGCACUGGAAAGGAGAACAAGAUCACCAUCACCAAUGACAAGGGUCGCCUCAGCAAGGAGGACAUUGAGCGCAUGGUUCAGGAAGCUGAGCAGUACAAGGCUGAAGAUGAUGUCCAGCGUGACAAGGUGUCUGCCAAGAACGGCCUGGAGUCGUAUGCUUUCAACAUGAAGUCCACAGUGGAGGACGAGAAGCUUGCUGGCAAGAUCAGUGAUGAUGACAAGCAGAAGAUUUUGGACAAGUGCAACGAGGUCAUAAGCUGGCUGGACAAGAACCAGACUGCAGAGAGGGAGGAAUACGAGCAUCAACAGAAGGAGCUGGAGAAGGUGUGCAACCCCAUCAUCACCAAGCUGUAUCAGAGUGCAGGUGGCAUGCCUGGUGGUAUGCCAGAGGGUAUGCCUGGUGGCUUCCCUGGAGCAGGUGGUGCCGCACCUGGUGGCGGUGGAUCCUCUGGACCAACCAUUGAGGAGGUCGACUAAACCAUUCCAUCACUUUAUCCACUCCUAAGAUGUUUUCUAAGAAAGUAACCCUCAUGGCACAAGCAUCAACAAGCUAUUGAGUGAAUAAAAUACUGGGGUUCAUGGAUCACAUUGAUUGCAUUGUUUGUGACACAACUGGGAACAAUUUCAAGUGGGCACAAUAAAGCUGCAAAUUCACAUCUGGUAAAGUUUUUAUAUACUGAGAUGUCACUGAAAAAUAAACACUCUUGUAACCCUC